CAAAACAAAUAUGGCGAGAGCUCAGUUAACAAUUUUGUAAACAUUGAAAUUUAUCGAUUUAUCGAAAUCUCCGAAUUAUAUGUAUUUAAUCUAUUACUAAUGGUUUGAUUGAACAACGUUUAAGAUGCUCGACCUAGAAGUCGUACCAGAAAGGUCUCUGGGGAACGAGCAAUGGGAAUUUGUUCUGGGCAUGCCGUUCUACCAGGCAGUGAAUAUAUUAAGAAGGCAAGACUCUUGCAUCAAAGGUGUUCAGGUCUGGUACAGUGAUCAGAAUCCUUUACAGAUGGAUUUAGUGCUGAACCUUUCCCAAGAUGGGAUCAAGUUAAUAUUUGAUCCAGUCUAUCAAAGGCUCAAGAUCAUAGAAGUGAACAGCAUGAACAAAGUCAAGUUAAAAUAUUGUGGAGUUCCAUUUAACUCACCUCAAGUGAGGCCAACCAUUGACCAGAUUGAUCAGUCGUUUGGUGCCACACAUCCUGGAGUGUACAUAGCAGAAAAGCAGCUCUUUGUGUUAAAUUUUCGAGGUCUUUCUUUUGAUUUCCCCAUCAAUUCCAGAUAUGAACCCACCUAUGCUCAUGGCCUUGGUUCUCUCCAGUUUCCUAAUGGCAUGUCUCCAACAGUUGCCAGGAUGUUCAUUUACUCUGGCAACAGUUAUGCUGAUGCUAAGGCCCCAUCUUUACCUGUGACAUGUUUCUAUGGCAACUGUUUCUUGGACUGUCUGGAAGUGCUCAGAGAUAUUAAUGUGACAUCAGGACUUAAGUUUAUUUUGGUCACUGAAGGUAAUGUCCAGGGUAAACUUGUUGACUCCAAUAAACAAUCAGUGGAGAGGAUUGUCAAAUUUGGUGACUCUGUACAGGAUGUUGUGAGUGCCUUAGGCUGUCCUAGUCGCAAGUUCUACAAGUCUGAGGACAAGAUGCGCAUCCAUUUACCUGAUGCUCAUAAACACAUCAGAUCUCACAGUGCAGAUUAUUUUUUUAAUUACUUCACUAUGGGUGUGGACUUUCUGUUUGAUGCUGUAACCCACAGGGUGAAGAAAUUUGUCCUUCAUACCAACUACCCUGGGGACUAUAACUUUAACAUUUACUGCAGAUGUGAGUUCAAGCUGCCCAUCACCUUAGAAGGCCCCAGUAAAGCUGCUAGUCAAUCUCAGUCCAGUAUGCUGGAUGAUGAGCUGCUGGUGGUGACAGCAUAUUCAAAGUGGGAUGAGGUCCAAAAGUUUCUAACUAGCCCAAAACAUCGACCAGUUAUACUGAACAGAUCAGCAUCGACCAAUACAAGCAAUCCCUUUGGAUCGACUUUCUGUUAUGGUGUGCAGGAUUUGAUAUUUGAGGUGAUGUCAAAUCAACAUAUAGCCUCUGUUACUCUCUAUCGCUCAUCCAACUUACGUGAUACACCCUCCUCCUCCUCCUCCUCUUGAUGUACAAACUGGCAAGCUGGCUAUGUGACCUGAUGUAUGCUCGACAUGUACUCAACUCAUUCCUUGUUUUACACAAGGGAAAUAAUCCAUGGGAAUUGCAACUGUGGUUAUUCUGCUUGUGAUUAAAAACAAAAAAAGACAUGUAACCUUCAACCAGAAGCUUUUGUUUGAUUGGGCUGAUCCCAAUCAAAUGAGCUUUCUAUUAAAAGACAUUUGUUUUAUAUUAAAACAAUUCUAGAUAGAGUUAACCUAUUUAUUUCUUACAAUUAUUGACCUAAUGAAAUUGUAGAAAUCCUUGAGUGGAGACUCCAGUCUAUUACUUAUAAGUUCUCACAGUUCUACCAUUGUAUUGUGAAACAAAAAAAAACGUGUGUAUGGCACAGCAUCCAAUGGUUGUUUCAGAUUUCUCAAGAAAAACUAUUUUCUAAUACUUUAUCAUUUUUAAUGUUUGCUCAGUGCCAAUGUCUUAUGAUAGAUUUGAAGAUU